GACACCCCCCUCCGUCGCCUAUGGAACAGCCCACUGUACGGAAUGGAUGCUAUGAUGGCGGCCCUCAUGGUGGAAAGCCUCGGCGCAGCCAUGUUCCUCUCUCGGCACCGCUGCUCAUGGACAAAGUCUCUGCAGUUCCAUAACAGCACCUUGUUCAGAGAUUUGUUGGUGUCUCUGUGGAGCUGUUGAACUUUCUGCAUAUUGGAGGCUGCAGGAUCUUCCAUUUAUUCUGACUGCAGCCCACAUACAAAGGCCUCUCCAGCUUUGGAAGGUGGGCUGGUACUUGGAGUCAACAUGCCAGCUAAUGGGAAAUCACCCCAGAGGUUUCCUGCCCUGGUCCCAGGACAACCUGGCAGAUCAUUUGAGAUUGUUGUUACAGGGAUCUGUGUCAUUUGAAGACGUGGCUGUGGAUUUUACCCGACAGGAGUGGUACAGACUGGACCCUUCCCAGAGGACCAUGCACAAGGAUGUGAUGCUGGAGAAUUACAGCAACCUGGCAUCAGUGGGCCUCUGCGUGGCCAAACCAGAGAUGAUCUUCAAGUUGGAGCGAGGGGAAGAACUGUGGAUAUUAGAGGAGGAAUCCUCAGGCCAUGGUUACCCAGGCUCUCUCUCACUGCUGUGUGCCAACAAUUCUGUUGGGGGUAAUGCCCUCAGUCAUGAUAAUGACCUUCAGCAUCAGAAGAUUCAAACUUUGGAUCAAACUGUUGAAUAUGGGAAAGCCUUCUACAAGAGAACAGGCUUUGUUGGACAUAAAAGAACACACACAGGAGAGAAAAACUUUGAAUGUCAUGAAUGUGGGAAAACUUACUGCAGGAAAUCAAAUCUUAUUGAACAUCUGAGAAUACACACAGGCGAGAGACCCUAUAAAUGUGGUGAAUGUGCAAAAACCUUUAGUGCAAGAUCAUACCUCAUUGCUCAUCAGAAAACUCACACAGGGGAGAAGCCCUUUGAAUGUAAUGAAUGUGGAAAAUCUUUUGGCAGGAAGUCACAACUCAUUCUGCAUCGGAGAACACACACAGGAGAGAGACCCUAUGAAUGCACUGAGUGUGGGAAAACCUUUUCUGAGAAGGCAACCCUCAUGAUUCAUCAGAGAACUCACACAGGGGAGAAACCCUAUGAAUGUGGCGAAUGUGGGAAAACAUUUCGUGUUAAGAUAUCCCUUACUCAACACCAGAGAACUCACACAGGGGAGAAACCCUAUGAAUGUGGUGAUUGUGGGAAAAACUUUCGUGCAAAAAAAUCCCUAAACCAACAUCAAAGAAUUCACACAGGCGAGAAACCCUAUAAAUGUGGUGAAUGUGGGAAAUGCUUCAGAAUGAAGAUGACUCUCAAUAAUCACCAGAGAACUCAUACAGGUGAAAAACCCUAUCAGUGUAACGAAUGUGGGAAAUCUUUCAGGGUGCACUCAUCUCUCGGAAUACAUCAGCGAAUUCACACAGGAGAGAAACCUUAUGAAUGUAAUAAAUGCGGUAAUGCCUUCUAUGUCAAAGCACGCCUCAUUGAACAUCAGAGAAUGCAUUCAGGAGAGAAACCCUAUGAAUGUAGUGAAUGUGGAAAAAUCUUCAGUAUGAAGAAAUCCCUGUGUCAACAUCGGAGAACUCACAUAGGAGAGAAACUUUAUGAAUGAAGUGAAUGCAGAAAUGCCUUCUAUGUGCAAGUAUGCCUCAUUGACAGAGGAGAGAGACCCUUUGAAUGUCAAGAAUGUGGGAAAGCCUUCUGCCAGAAAGCACUUCUCACAGAACAUCAGAUAACUCACUUAGGCCAGCCCUUGCCUUGUACUAUGGAGAAAGCUUCUCUAAGAAGAUUCCCCUCAUCAUUUGACCAAGCCCUUUGGGCCAUCUGAUUACUGGUGCACACAGAGUGCACUUGUAACAAUUUGGCUCUUACAUUGGUGUGAAAAUUGUCCUGAUCCCCUUAGGGAGUGGCUCACUGUUGUUUUCAUUUCAUUUGGAUUUUCCUAAUUAGUGGUGAGGUUAAACAUUGGCUUACCUGUUGACUGGCCAUUUGUUUUAUUUCAUCUGUGCAAUGACUGUUCAUAUCCUUUGCUCAUUGUUUUCUAAUGGGCUGUUUAUCUUUUACUUCUUGGUUUAAAUGUUGUUUUUCUUGUUUUUUUAAUAUAUGAAAAUAUAAAAAUCAUUUUUCAGUCAUGUGUGUUGCAAAUAUCUCCCCUCAGACUGUGACUGGUUCUUUAAUUUUUUUAACUCUUUUCUUCUGCUGAGGUUUUAUGUUUUCAUAUUAUU